GAACCAGAGAUGCUUGAAAAGUGAAAACUAUUGUGUAGUGUGUUGUGUAAAGUGUAACAAAAAUGUAUUGAGCAAUCGAAAAACAUACGUUUGUUUGUUGUUGUGUGCAGUACAACGGUUGUGAGACGCCAACUGUGAUACAGCUGUAGUAUGGAGUGCGAAACUGGUGAUGAUGGAAACAAUCAAAUGGAUGUGGAUGGAGAACCAACAGCUUGUGUCGACAGCGAUGACAGCAGUGAUUCUCAGCAAAUGGCUAUUGAUGAAAGAGAACAGAGUGAUAAAAUGUCUGUUGCAUCUGCUGGAAGCAACCGGUCUAGGAAAUCUACCCGAUCUGUAAGAUCACCGGGGUCAUCUCCUUCUGGUUCACGUUCACCAUCGGAAGCAGACUCAAGAUCUCCAUCAGGAUCAAGACAUAGUUCACCAUCAAGGAAAUCUAGGUCUAGGUCAAAUUCAGAACAUGCUUCGGAACGUGCAUCGAGGUCUAGAUCCAGAUCCCAGUCUGCUUCAGGAGAUUCCAGAUCAGGUUCUGUGAAUAGUGUACAUGUUCAUUCGCCAUCAAGAUCAAAAUCUAGGUCAGUGUCUCCUGCACCUGCAGCAGAUGAGCCUGCUAGAAGGGGAUCAAGAUCAAAAUCUAAAUCUGUGUCCCCUGUGCAGGAUGAAGAGGAAACUAGAAGAUCACGUUCAAAGUCUGUAUCAAGAUCAAGAUCUGUGUCAAGAUCAAAUUCAGGAUCAAGGUCUGGCUCUAGAUCGCGAUCCCAUUCUAGAUCACACUCAGGAUCAAGAUCACGAUCAGCCUCUCCAGAGCAAAAACAAGGUACUGAAAACAUUGACCCUGAGCAUUCAGUAACAGAAGCAAAAUCAAGAUCACCAUCUGGUUCUCGGGCUUCAGGCUCAAGAGCUGGCUCCAGAUCACCAUCUAGAUCUAAGUCCAGAUCUAGAUCUAGGUCAGGCUCUACAGCCUCAGUUCAAAAGGCUAAGCCACAGUCAAGAAGCAGAUCAAGAUCCCGAUCUGGGUCACCAGCAGAUGCAAAACGUGCAGAAUCGAGAUCAGUAUCCAGAUCUAAAUCCAGAUCAGUGUCACCAGCAGCUUCCCAGGCCAGUUCCAGAUCACAUUCAAAGUCAAGGUCGAGGUCUAGAUCUGCAUCUAAAUCCAGAUCUCGGUCCAGGUCCCAUUCAAAGUCACGUUCUCCUUCAAAAUCAAGAUCCAGAUCUAGAUCAGCAUCUAAAGGAAGGUCUGUUUCGAGAACAUCUUCAAAAUCUAGAUCAAGGUCAAGGUCAAAAUCCAAGUCGGUGUCUCGGUCAGGAUCAAAAGCUAGGUCUAAAUCCAGAUCUCGGUCCAAAUCCAAGUCAAAAUCGAGAUCUAGAUCUAGGUCCAAGUCAAAAUCCAGCUCAGGAUCGAGGUCAAAAUCCAGAUCCAUAUCAAGGUCAAAAUCUAGAUCCCCAUCAAGAUCUAAAUCCAGAUCCAGGUCCAAAUCAAGAUCCAAAUCCGGAUCUAGAUCAAGAUCAGUAUCAAGAUCAAAAUCUAGAUCAGCCUCAAGAUCUAAAUCCAAAUCGAGAUCGAGAUCAAGAUCAAGAUCAGGAUCUGAAGGAAGAAGUCCAGGUCCUAGUCAGAGAAAUUCAGUGCCAAGGUCAGCAUCUAGUUCACCGAGUGUUGCCACUGGUAGCAAGAAAGGAUUUCCUGUGAUUGUUGCAUAUGAGAGAGUUGCUUUUACUGUUAUUUUUAGCAUUAGAUUUUAUAAAAUAUAUUGCAGCCCAAAGUUAUUACAGAACUCAUACAUGCUGAUCUUUUGUAUAGACAGUGACGGGUCAUCUGUAUCCAAAGGAAAUGUCAUGUUACAAAAAGUGCAUACAAAUGUAUUGUUAUACAGACCUAGUAAUAUGAACCAUUGCUUGGGGAAAAAUUGUAGAAAAUCGUGUAAGGCAAGUGAAACUCUUUAUUAUUCUGCACCCAACUGUGGUGUUCAAUGGAUGUGUGACAUUUUUCUGUGGGGACACAUUCUACCACGAGAUGUAGCAGAGCUCAGGGACAUAAUACGGGAAGAGACUGCCACAGUCAACAAUGCCAUGCUGGGGCAUACAUUCAGUAUUACAAAAGUGGAGGUCAACUGUGGGCUAAAAGUUUGUGCAACAUAUCGACAUAGAAGGUGUAUACGGUCGGAUAAGCUAAGAACUCCUUAUACAAGUGUAAAGACAAGCUUGUUUCAGCACGUUUGUGUACAUGUGUUGACAUUUUCCUGUGACACAAAUAAUCUGAAGAUUGUCUUAAAGCUAGUGAAACCAUUUAUUAACAAGUAUGGCUGUGCCAUCAUCAUUGAAGUAAAUGGGAUUAAUCGGCCACUUAGAGAUCAAGUGACCUGUGUCAUAUUGCAGCUGAGUUGGUACAUUAUGUAUUACUUGGUGUGUAAAUGUCAAUCAGUCAUAAAAGGAAAAUUAUAUUUUCAAGACUUCACGCAUCAAGGCAAUGCCAUUAGAUUUAUUAGCCUUGUUAAUAAGAUUACGAAUAGUUGUGGGACUGCGUUGCUCCGAACAUUUGUCCACUCAGGGUCUCCAGGUUGUUAUAUGCAUAUGACAUAUCUGGGUUUGUGCCCUAGAGGCCUUUCAGUGUUUUGGGACAAGAAGGCACAUUUUUUUUCUGUGGAGGAACUGUUGCUGAGUGAUGUAUCUACUCUUAGGAGCAUUCAAAUUGAAGUAUGUAAAAAAGAAACAAUUGGUUCCAAAGUGAUAUGGAGCAGAAGUCCACAUAAAUUGUUAAACAACAAUUUUAAUUAUUUUGUUUUUGGGUGUUUUGGUUAUGCUAACUGUGCACAACUUGUACACAGGGGAGAGCUAAUAAUAUUGGUUCCACAUAGUUUUAUAUCAGUUAUACUUGUUUUACAUGUUGGUGAUCUAAUUGAAAUGCUGCAAAACAACAAUACAAAAUUAACAGAAAAGAAUGUUUUAAAGCUGAUCUGUGCAACUGAGGGUAGGUGCUCCUGUUGCUUCAUAGAAAAGAAAUGGGUCAUUAGUUUUUGUUUAGAGCAGGAUAAUUUUAGUACCAAAGGAAAGCAAUUUUAUGGGGAAACAGUGGCGUUGGAAGGAAUGUACUUCAUAAAAUCUAGUAAUUUAAUGAUACUUUUAUUACAACGAUUGUACAGACGUGAAACUUUAGUGGAAAGCCAAAUGUGUACCCACCCUGACAAAAAAGAAGUCUCUCUCAAAAUAUACUGCCAUUUUUUCUUCAGAAGAAGGAAACUAGAGAGCUUUUCAUCUACAGGAAAUUACUUCUCUCUCGGUAAUGCUUGUAAGCUUCUGACAGGGAGAAAAAAAGUUCCUUGCCACAAUCUCAAGGAAGUUGAUUUCAUUCAAGGCUCCGUUCAGUUUUCAUGGAGUAAAAUGUCCUUACAAGGAAUUGAACGUGAAAGGAACGUGAAAAAAAAGAAAAAAUCUGCUGUGCUUUCGGAUUCAGAUGAUGAUGGUGGUGAUACAAAGAAAGUUACAAAGGCAUCAAAGGCUGGCUUAUCUGACUCAGAAGAUGAAGGUGUGAGCAAAAAGGACAAGAAGGGAGAAGAUAUCUCUGAUUCUGAGGACGACUCAAAGAAGACCAAGAAAAAGAAAAUUACGUCAGAUUCAGAAGAUGAUGAAGACAGGGAAGAAAAGGAAGACAAAACAAAAGAAAGUGGUGACGAGAAUGAAGAUGCAGAAAAUGCCAAACCAGAGGAGAACCCAGUUGUGCCAGAUGUUUCUGACAGUGACUCUGAUCAGGGAGUUAACAAGGAUGAUGGAGACCCUGAUGGCUUCAAUGCAUUGUCGGAUUUUGACCUAAUGCUUGCACGCAAAAAAGAAAUGAGCAAAAGACGGAAGAGAAAAGAUAUUGACUUGAUAAAUGACAAUGAUGAAUACAUUGCCCAACUUAUAUCUGAUAUGAGAUACGCCGCUGAGGAAGACAGGAGAUUGAAUCAGUUGAACAAACCAGCUACCAAUAAAGUUGCUAUGUUACCGAAAGUGCUUUCACAGUUGAAGAAACAUGAUCUCCAACUGGCCUUUAUUGAGUCAAACGUUCUUCAUGUGCUGACAGAUUGGCUAGCACCUAUGCCUGAUCGCAGCAUGCCAUCACUAAAAAUCAGAGAUAGCAUUUUGAAGCUACUUUGGGAUUUCCCACAGAUCAGCCAAGACAUGCUCAAACAGUCUGGAAUUGGGAAGGCAGUUAUGUAUUUGUAUAAGCACCCAAAAGAAACAAAGGAGAACAAAGAACGAGCAGGAAAGUUGAUCAAUGAAUGGGCACGUCCCAUUUUCAACGUGUCAACAGAUUUCAGAGCUAUGUCAAAGGAAGAACGGAUGCAGAGAGACAGUGAACAACAACCCAAGAGACAGCGUAUUUCAGUUGAAGAAGAACAUUCAAGAAAACAGGACAUUACCAAAGCAUUGGCAGUUGGAGAAACUGAAGAAAAGCCUUUGCGACCUGGUGAUAAAGGAUGGGUAGCAAGAGCCCGUGUUCCUAUUCCUUCCAACAAAGACUAUGUUAACCGACCCAAGUGGCAGAAUGAGACUGACAUAAGCAGGACGACAAAGAAGUCACUUAACAGAUUCGAGAAACAUAUGAAGAACUACCUUGAUAACAAACGCUUGAAGAAAGCUCGCCGGGCUGUUGAAAUAUCUAUUGAAGGACGGAAAAUGGCACUAUGAAGAACUGUUAAAGACUCAAUGCCACUUUGGGCAGUAUGUGUUCCUUGUACUUGCAUACAUAGUGUUCAGUAUUCAUACUCUUGUUGCAUGUGGAAAUGCAGUGUGUACUGUAAUGUAAAUAAAAUCAGCUAUAUUUAUGAAA